UAAUUAAAGCAAUGCUGCAAAGGAAAUUGCUGUCUGAAUAUUGUCUCAGAGAUGGGACUCGAGACUGUUGCCUGGAAACUUCAAUCUGUUUCACAUUUAUUCCAGAUCAUAGUUUUGAGAUAAAGUUUAAUAAAAAUCGUCCCCCCGAAUGAAAGAGAGCCCUUUCUGAUCAAACAGCUACAAUGAAACAGAACUGUGGAGGAAACCUUAUGUUUAACAUGUAUCUUUCAGAGCCAGCUGAAAAUUUUUUGAAAGAAGGAAAAGCUUCUUCGUGGAGUCCAAUUAAUACCGGGGUGCAAAAAGGCAGCGGACAGAUCCAGCUAUGGCAGUUCCUACUCGAGCUCUUGUCCGACAGCUCCAACAUAACCUGCAUUGCCUGGGAAGGAACCAACGGAGAAUUCAAGCUGAUUGACCCCGACGAGGUGGCUAGAAGAUGGGGCGAGCGGAAAAGCAAGCCCAACAUGAACUACGACAAACUCAGCCGCGCUCUCCGAUACUACUACGACAAAAACAUCAUGACCAAGGUUCACGGAAAGCGCUACGCCUACAAGUUUGACUUCCAUGGCUUAGCUCAGGUGUGCCACCCGUCGUCAGCUGAACAUACCCUCUAUAAGUUUCAGAGUAAUUUUGCCCCGAUUCCAUUUUCUGGGAUUUCGAAACUCAACCUGGUGGCCCCAGGCGUCGGGUCCUCUGGAUUCUCCUACUGGCCCGGUUCUCCACCCAGUCUCUACCACAGCCAUAACCUGCAACCUCCAGGACCGUUUAGCACCGUAACCGCGUCUCAUAUCAGCUGUGUUAACAAUAUCAACAAUGUCAGUAAUAUAAGUAACCACUACAACUGAACUUUUUACGUUUUAAACUUAAUAUUUCUCUCACUUCAUAAAAAAACUGUGAAAUUUGUCAAAUAAUGUGGUUAUGCACACGGUAGCAGUCAAAGCGUUUAAUUAAGGUAUACCUUUCGCUAAUUGGCGAUUUUCUAGAGUCAGUAUUCAUCAAUGUGCAAUUUAUUUAUUACGAUUAUAACUAAAUCACCUAAUACCUUACAGGGCACUUCAACUGUGCGUUUUUGAAAUGGUAUUACAGUGGCAAGAUUAUGCACUUGGCUCCCCCUGGUGUUGUAGAUUGGAAUUAGUCGACUUUAUUCUGUUUUCUUACUGCUGUCUUUAAUAAAAUAUAUGACAUGA